AUGGCUCCUUUCGCUCUCCAAGCACUGCCAGUGCUCCUGGCUAUCAGCCAAACGGCUUUUGGCAAGCCCCUCAAACUCAGGGAUUACAUUACACAUGCAUACCCGACGACAAACCCGACAAACUCCUCGGUUUGGCCAACAGAAGUGGCCGCCGAUGUGCAUGAUGCAUCCUGGAGCGACUUCGCGGCCAAGACGGAGAGAUGGUCUACAUACCAAGCUCCUACCUUUGAUGAGGUAUUCCUUCCUCAAUCAGAGGAGGAACUUUCUCUUGGUCUGGAAUACAUGUCCAGCAACAACAUGAGCUGGCUGGCAAAGUCUGGAGGUCACGGAUACUCCAUCACCCUGUCCUCGGUCCAAGACGCCGUCUUGAUCAACAUGGAGAACUUCAACUAUGUCAACAUCGAGGACGACGGCACGGUUGUCGUCGGCAGUGGUGCGCUUUUCCAAGACUUUGUUGACGGUGUCGGUGCCGCCGGCAGAGAGCUGACUGUUGGAGCUUGUGGCUGCGUCGGCGCCACUGGUGCCAUGCUCGGUGGUGGUCUUGGACGUCUUCAAGGACUCCACGGUUUGACCAGUGACGCCCUUCGCAAGGUCCGCAUGGCCUUGUGGAACGGUACCAUUGUUGAAGCUUCCGACGACGUCAACCAGGACCUGUUCUGGGCCGUGCGAGGCUCGGGUCAGAACUAUGGUGUUGUUUUCGAGUCCACCUUUGAGACUUGGGAGGCGACCAACGCGGGAAUGCAUUACAAUGCCGACAUGACCUUUACGAAGGAAGCCGUGCAGCAAGUCAUGGAGAUUACAAAUGACCUUACAACUGCCGGACUGGACGAUAAAUUGUCUUUCGUCAUGUUCUUGGCCCUGAACGCAACCACGAACGAGCUUACCGUCGUCGUGAACAUCGUAUACACUGGUCCAGCAGAAGAGGGAAAGAAAUACACUGAUCUGUUCUCACCUAUGAGCCACACCCUCAACGAGACCAUGCUUACAUGGGCCGAACUCCCCACACAAUCCGUCAUGGGCCUUAUUCCUGCGUCCUGCGCAAACGGACCUAGGUACGAUCUCUACAGCGCCAUCACCAAGGUCUUGGAUCCCGCGACCUUUGUCGAGUUUGCCGACGACUUUGAGAAGUUCAUGCAGGAGAACCCCCUGGCCGCCAACUCGGCUCUCAUGAUUGAGACUUUCCCCGUCCAGGGCGUCGAGGCCCUGCCCGAGGACUACUCUGCCUUCCCUCACCGCAAGAACUUCCAGAACCAGAUUGAAAGCAUUGGUGUCUACACGGACGACUCGGUCGCCGAGGCUGUGGAUGACUUCUUCCGCGAAUGGCGCAACACUUUUGCCACGCCCGAAGUCUCUGGCUACGACGGUUUCUACAUUUACCAAAACUAUGGCCACGGCGAUGAGCCCCUCUCGGCUCUGUACGGAACCGACCCGGCACGCCAGGAGCGUCUCACCAAUGUCAAGAAUGCCUACGAUCCUCAUGGUCACUUUAACGGCUACCAUGCCAUUCCUUCUGAUGUAUCCCAGUGGUCUUGA